AUGAGGCCUGUCUCAGGAUAUCAGCUGGUGACCCCUGAUGUACAAGUGAUCAUGGGGUCCAGGGUCCAGGUUUUGCUGUGCUCUCUGCUAGCAGGAUUCUCAGUCCUGCUCUUUUUGGGGGGGCAGAGGGCGAGUGGGGAUCUUCCAUACAGUAAGGGAGUCUGCUCCAGGCAGACCCUGGUGGUUCCCCUUCGGUACAACGAAUCCUACAGCCAGCCAAUAUACAAACCCUAUCUGACACUGUGCGCAGGUCGACGUGUCUGCAGCACCUACAGGACCACCUACCGAGUGGCGUGGCGGGAGGUUCGGAGGGAGGUGCAGCAGAUUCAUGCCAUAUGUUGUCAGGGCUGGAGGAAGAAGCACCCAGGGGCACUGACCUGCGAAGAAGCCAUCUGUCCCAAACCCUGUCAGAAUGGAGGAAUCUGUGUCCAGCCUGACCAGUGCGAAUGCACCCCGGGCUGGGGAGGGAAACACUGUCACGUGGAUGUAGACGAAUGCAGGACUGGCAUCAUUCUUUGCUCUCAUGGCUGUUCCAACACCCUGGGAAGCUUUGCCUGCGGUUGCCCAAAAGGUCUAGCCCUAGGGACUGACGGAAGGACUUGCAAGGAGGUCCCCCCUGAGCCACUUCCCAGUCCCAGUAUCCUUAGCUUGACAGUUCGGGAGGCGGAGAAAGAGGAGCAUUCCUUGAGGCAGGAGGUUCGAGAAUUACGUGUUCGGCUGGAGGUCUUGGAGCAGUGGGCAGGACAGGUGAGUGCCUGGGUUCGAGCUGUGCUGCCCGUGUCUCCCGAAACGAUCCGGCCGGAGCAAGUGGCUGAGCUGUGGGGGAGGGGAGACCGGAUCGACUCGCUUAGCGAUCAGGUGCUGCUUUUGGAGGAGAAGCUGGGCGCCUGUUCUUGUGAGGACAACAGCCUAGGCCCAGGUCUCAAUCGCCGCAGAUAAGGGUCCCUUUGGAUAUCAACGCCCUCUUAUUUCCAACGCCUUAUCCCUCCCCACCCCCAAACCGGUAAUUUAUAGUGAAAUCCACUGAUGCGAAGGGGACUAGAUGUUGGGAUCGUCAGGAUGAGAAAGUGACUGGAGUUCUGAAGAAAUGAAAACAGUUGACGAGAGGACCGGCAAGAACAUUACUGGUCUGCUGCCUUCCCCUUCCCCCUCUUUGGGCUUAAGAUUGUUUGGACCCCCACUGAGAUCCCUUUCCGCAAACAAGGUACACACACACAAUCGCAAUCCUUCCAUCUCUCUUUAUUCUCCCUAUCUCGCUGUUAAUCCAGAUAAUAAAAACCAU